GUUGUCUUUGUCAGCUGGUGUAAAAGCUUCUGGGACUGUGGACUUGUGGCACUGGAUGAUGUAUCAUUGAGCCUGGGAAGCUGCCAGGCUGCUGAUCUAUCGCUGCCCAAUCCUGGAGAGUGUACUUUUGAAAAAGAUGAGUGUGUGUUUACCCAGAAGAAGAGAGGUCGUGGGAUCUGGCACAGGAGGAGGGGUCCAACUCCCACUUCUUACACCGGACCGAAAGGAGACCACACUACUGGGGUAGGAUACUACAUGUAUAUAGAGGCAUCCAACAUGGUCUACGGACAGAGAGCAUACCUGGUUUCAAGAUCACUAAGAGGAACCUCUGGAAAACAGUGCUUAACAUUUUUCUAUCACAUGUAUGGAGCUGGGACUGGAUUAUUAAGUGUUUAUCUAAAAAAGGAAGGUGAUGAUGAAGAGAUUCCUUUGUGGAGGAGGACAGGGGAACAAAGCAUCUCAUGGCUAAGGGGAUUGAUAGAAUAUGAAAGUGACAGAAACCACCAGAUUAUUUUUGAGGCAAUCCGCGGUGUGUCAAUGAGAAGUGACACUGCUAUAGAUGAUAUUCUGUUCCAGGCAGGACCCUGUUUAGAAGUGGAAGAAAUACAAUUCGCACCAGCCUAUCCUGACAGCUUAAAUGAAAUUGAGUAUUAAAUACAGUCUGCUGAAAGGAGUGAAAUGGGUAGAAGAUCUGUAUGUGAGAAACUGCACAAACUGCCAAUUUUAAAAAGUUUUAAGUAAAUACUGGACUGGUUUGAAUAUGCACCAAUGUAUAGGAAGAACUCAGAGCACUCGUGUUCCUCGCCUUUGCAAUGAAAUUAUUGACUCAGGGCUUCUUAGACUGUUUUUUUUAUAUAUUUUUUCUCUUUUGCAUGAGGCAUCAGUUAUUAUAUAAAGCCUUCCCAUUUUGCACAGAUCAUUCAUUUUAAUGCUUUUUUUUUUUUUUUUAACCUUUCUGGUAUAUAGGUAAAAAGAGGAAAGUAAAGGUGCACAAUUAAAAUCCAAUAUUGUGUUAUCUCAAAUCUGCAUUCAGUGAAUGUUUUUUGUUGGGUACAGAAUGGAUUUUUGUUAAGGAAAUUAUAAAUAUUUUGAAAUAAUAAAGAAAAUUGUAUUAGCUACUAGUAA